AUGAAGAAGCUUUUCUUUUUCAAAUCAUCUUCUGGUAAUGGAACUGAUAAACAAAUUCACCGCGCAAAAGAAUCCGAAAAAAGUAGUUUUAUGAAGUCUCAGAGUGAAGAAUCUGAUGGUCAGGCUCUUAGACGAAGCCGUUCAUUGUCCUCGGCGGCUUUUCUCAUCGAUGGAAUCGGUAAAACUUCAUCGAAUGAUCCUGUUAAUGGUACUGGAAGCAGCCAGCAUCGACCGCGAAAUCAUUCUUCUCAUUUCAGAUGUUUUACUCCGGAAAGACAAAGUAAAAAAGCAGAAUAUAGUCACAUGUACCAAGUACAUGAUUCAUCUGGAAGUUUGUCAACUUGUUCUAGUAAUCUCUCGAGUCAAGUCUUGGACCGUUACAUUGAUGGAGAAGAGCAUUUAGAACGGAGUAAGCAAAAGAGCGGUUCGUCAAAUGGUAGCAUCAAUGGAAGGAGGCUUCCACCGCGUGUUCAGAGCCCUUCGCCACUAUCAGACAAUGUCAAAGACAAACGAGAUACAAAAGGUACUCGCCUGAAUUUCUCUCAAGCUGAUUGUGUGGAAAAUGGUUUCAAGAAUGCAUCGUCUCGUUCGCUUGCAAGAAGUGUAAUUGAAAGACUCUCUCAUACUCACGGAAAGUCAAAGGCGUCAAGUUAUGAGCCUAUCAUAAUACAAGAUGUCUAUGUGAAUAGAUAUUACGCGGAUGACCACACAGAGCACCGAGAGUUAUUCUCACAUGGUAAGAACAGGAAUGAGGGCACUAACUAUGUUUGUAAGGAAGGCGAUGUUAAUUCCGAGCUAGAAAGGAAAUGUAAAGAAGCUGAGAAGAGAGUAAAGUUGCUCACCGAAGAACUGGAGGAGCAGAAGUUCCUUUCAGACUGUGACUUUGAUACUUCAACUUUGGUUGGGGAUAUAAGACAAAUGGAAGAGGAGAGGGUAGGCUUGGCUCGGGAGGUUUUAAGUCUUUUGCGGUCACAAAUGGUUGAAAGGGAUUCUGGGAGGGAAGAAAUCAGACUGGCAAAGACGGAUUGGGACUUGCAUAUAAAGAGGCUAGAAAAAGAGAAGAGGGAGUUACAGUUUGGAUUGGAGAAAGAGAUUGAUAGAAGGUCAAGUGAGUGGACUUCAAAGCUCGAGAACCUCCAGAUGGAGGAGAAGAGGUUGAGGGAACGUGUCAGAGAGCUUGCCGAGCAUAAUGUCUCACUCCAAAGAGAAGUAUCGACUUUCCAUGAAAAAGAAACUGAGCGCAUCGAUAUAGUAAGACAUAUGGAAGAAACAGUUACGGAGUUGAGUGCAACCGUAGAGGAACUGCGUGAAGAAAAUAUGUAUCUUAUGCAUAACCUCUCCAAAUUACAAGAGAGUUACAAUGGUACUAUAGAAGAUCUUGAUUGCUUAAGAAAAAACUUUGAAGAGAAAGAUAUGGAAUGCAAGGAAUUACACAAAUCUGUUACGAAAUUUCUGAGAACCUGCAAUGAACAAGAGAAGACAAUUCAGGGGCUUAGAGUUGGUCUCUCCGAGGAAAUUAAGAAGCAACCGUCAGAGAAAUAUGAACAGAUGGGCAAGAACUUGCAGAUGGAACAUCUAAGGUUGACAGGGGUUGAAUUCUCGCUUAGAAAGGAGGUAGAAUCGAUGAAGCUCGAAGCUGAUUCUCUUCGUCGUGAGAAUAUUUCUCUGCUGAAUCGAGUAAAAGGAAAUGGAGAAGAAGCCGACACUAUGACCUUCAAGCUAGAUAACGAGAUGAAGAUGCGUGUAUGCCACUUGCAAGAUCAAGGGCUAUCAAUGUUGAAUGAGAGCACACAGCUAUGUUACAAGUUACUGAAGUUCAUGAAAGAGAAAUUAGCUCAGUUUCCUGAGUCCUAUCAGGACAGACAAUCGAUGAAUAAUGGAUUAAGCGAGGAGUUUCUGAUUGGUUCUGAGAUGAGAGUUCAUGGAAUACGGCGUGGAACUGAAAGCCUGAAGAGGAGUUUGGAAACUGUAACCAGGUUAUUGCUUGAAAAAUCCAAUGAGGCUAUUCCAUUAUUAUCUUGCUCAAGUGGUGAACCAAACAACCAAUCAGUGGAGAAAAUCCUGAGAGCUGAACUGAGAGCAGAAACUCUAAUCACAAGUUUACUUAGAGAGAAACUGUAUUCCAAGGAACAAGAAAUCGAACAGCUACAAGCAGAGGUAUCAGCAGGAGUACGGGGUAACGAUGUUCUACAACGUGAAGUCCGAAACACCUUAGAUAAGCUUUCAAUAAACACCCACCAAAUAAAAGGUCUGAAGCUGCAGAUGGUGACGAAGGAAGAGAACAGGAACCGGCUUGAAAUCAAUCUCCAAGAAGCUGCGAAAGAGUUGUCUAACAUGAAAGUUACAUUACCAAAAGUGUUGGAGGAAAGAGAGCAAAUGUGGAAGGAGGUGAGGGAAUGCAGAGAGAGAAACAUGGAUUUGGAGUCAGAGAAGGAGAUGUUGAAGAAGAAGAUAGAGAAAUUGGAAGAGGACACACUCUUUAAAGAAGGUCAGAUCACAAUACUAAAAGACACUCUUGGGAGUAAGCAAUUCGAUCUCUUCUCCAGUCCUGAGUUCUCAUAUAAUGAUUUCUUAGUCCAGUAG